AUGGAGCGCCAGCAGCUGGUCUCUACUGUAAACAAUGGAGCCAUGGGUGUGAACGGGAUCCCUGGACACGGCUGGAUGUGUGAGUCUCAGACUCUGGAGGUCCAGUCUGGUGAAGAUGUCACUCUGAUGUGCUCCAACAUUUCCACAGUUCCUACUCAGAUAGACUGGUUCAGAGUGGUCAACCGAUCUAAACCCAGCUGCAUCUCCUCCAUGUACGAUCCUGAUCACCCUGCUUCACUCUGUGAUGGAUAUCUAGCUGGAAAAUUUGAGAUGAGUUCCAACAUCAGCACUAUCUUUCUUAAAAACAAGCGAGUGGAUUUCUCUGACUCUGGGUUGUAUUUCUGUGGAUUCUACAUAAAUCAACAUACAAUCAUUUAUAAUGCAACAGAGUUAAUCAUUGGAGGUAUUACUGAUUCCAAGGAUGAAGUGGACUUUAAUACGGAAAUAGAAAAGGCUGGCAGACUGACUUUCCUGAUGAGUGUGAUCCUGGGAGCUCUGACAGCUUUCCUCACUCUUGUAGUCAUUGUUCUGGGUGUAAAGAUCAGGACACUUCAGUCAGAUGAUGGGGCCUGCUGGGCUGUGCUGGGUCUCCAGGGGGAGAUGGGAGUGGUGAAAGAAUGA